GACCAGAAUUGAUAAGGAAUGGUGUAGCUAAUAGGGAGAGGAGUAUAGAAAAUAAUGAAGACAUCUAGUUUACACAAAUGAUGAAGACAUGAGACUGAAGAAAAUGUAGAGGCACUAACACAGAAUGAAUUGGUUCCUUCUCCAUCUUAGAAGUGUGCCUAUUUAUGUAUAAGCACAAAAAGAAAAAUCCAUGAACAGGAAAGUAGACUUGACAAAGUCUUCUUACACAUGCUGCUAUUAGGUCACUGAGUUUGAAUUGUACAUGUAAUUACUAGACCUAACAUGAAGUGAAAUCCAUCUGUAGCUUAACCUCACAUAAAUGAGAAGUGUGUACAGAAAUGCUGAAGGUGCAUAGAACAAUGUUGCGUCGUUUGUCAAUUUCUGUAGUGAAAUGCUACCAUGUACAAACUGCAUCAUAUUCAUCGCAUGCUCCAAAAGUGGCUGUGGUUCUCUCAGGCUCUGGAGUGUAUGAUGGCAGUGAAAUUCAUGAGGCAUCUUCUAUACUGGUGCAUUUAACAAGAGAGGGAGCAGUUCCACAAUGUUAUGCACCAGAUAUCCUACAGAUGCAUGUUAUAAACCACAGAAAGGGUAGUCCAGAAGAGAAAGAUAAGAGAAACGUGCUGGAUGAGUCUGCGAGGAUUGCUCGUGGUCAGGUACUGCCACUUAGUGAACUCUCAUCAAGUGUGGCACAGGCUGUAGUGUUUCCUGGAGGCUUUGGAGCUGCAAAAAAUUUGAGUGACUUUGCUGUGAAUGGUGUAUCUUGCAAGGUACAUGAAGAUGUUGUGAGAGUGCUGAAGGACUUCCAUAAAGCUAAGAAACCAAUUGGUCUGUGCUGCAUUGCACCUGUGUUGGCAGCAAAGGUGUUGGGCAACGUCACAAUAACACUGGGGAGGAAAGAUGAUGGAAAGGGGAAAUGGCCACAUGCUGGUGCUAUUGAUGCUGCUUGUCAGAUGGGCGCAAAUGUUGUGGAAAAGGAUGUGAAUGAGAUUGCAUUUGAUGAUAAGAAUCUUGUUGUGACAACUCCUGCAUUCAUGUAUGAAGGCCGGUUCCAUGAAGUUUACCAUGGCAUUGGAAAUAUGAUCAAGAAGUUGGUAGAACUCGUCAAGUAGAUGUUAUGUAAUGUUCUGCACUGGAGUGAUUUUCACUGAACUGUGCAGCAGUUAUAAUUCAAAAUAUGGAUAGUACAUGAGUACAGUGGGGUACAUUUUUAUGGGAUUGUAGCACUCUGUUCCUAAGUGAGUUCAUAAGGGAGAGGUCAUGUCUGUGUUAUGAGUUGAACUUAAUUUUGAUCUGUAUGGUUAACAGCUUAAAACAACAUGAAAAUAGGUUCUCUCUGCAACAAUAAAUUUCAGUGCAGAAAGAAUACGCAUGUAUAUCAGCAGUAUAAUAGAAAUGUUUGUCAUAAGAAAAUGCAGUUUGUGUCCUGACCGAGUUUUUUCAUUAUUUUCCUUGGUCCCUCCAGGCAUAUUUGGGGAUAGUAUGUUGAAUAGGCCAUUUUGUGCUUCCUUCAAAAUCAUUUAAAAACCAUAAUUUGUCCAUAAUCUGAUGCUAUAUAGUCUUUGUGUUGAAGGCAUUGUUAACUAACUCAUGAAAGAAUGUAGUAUAUAUACCCUGUUAAUUAGAUAUGUAUUGUGGUGAAUGAACAUCAGAAUUUCCUGCAAAGAGAUAUCAAAUUACAAAGAAAUGUACUGUGAAAUGGAGAAAAUCUUUCCACUUCUCUGAAUAUUUGUUGAUGACACAGUUCAUUUUCAGACUGAGUUAUUUAGUAUAUAAACACAUUUUCAAUUCAGUAUGCCCUCACAUUAUGGGAGUGAUAUGUUCUUGAAAAUGUUCUUAUCCUGAAAUAUGUCUGCUUGUGAAAUUCCAUUAACAUAAAUCCUGUUUUUCCAUAGACUUUCAUGUUAUAUGCGCAGAGUUGUUCCUAUGGAUAUUUUCUCUCCAUAGUGGUAAUAAAAACAUAUUUUUUCAUUUAUCAAAAUAAUGAUGGGUACAGAGAAAAUAGCCCUUUUUUUUUUUAAUUUGAACUUCACUUGCCAGAAAUUUUGAGGCAUUGGUGAGUUUUUGGUGACAAUAGGCCAAGGUUUUUCUCCAGUAUCAGACUUCUUGUAAUAUGUCAAUUGUUAUAUCAGAUGUCAUUCUUUUGUGUGCUCUUUUAGGUAUGGUACUUGAAUGUGGUGACCUCAUUCCAGAGUUAUUAAGUAAGAGUAAUGCACUGUACAGUCUCUAAAAUAAGACAGGAAUAGCAGCCACACUGCCAGGCAUUCUCCCUGCAUUACGGAUGCAUGUCCGUAGGCUUACCGGUGCCCUUUUACAUAUUCAGCUGCAUCACUGAAGAAUGUGCAUAUGCAAUCUGAAUUUCUUAAAUAUUCAUUUCACAAAAAAAAAGCACUUUUAGCUGAAUUUGUUAUUCUUUUGCAUUUUGUGUUCAAAAAGAAAUAUCCCAGAUUUUUGUAGUCAUAUUGUAUAAUUUCCAUAAGAGUGAAGUUUUAUAACUGAAAUAUCUGUAAUGCAGGGGCACAUUGUAUGUGAGUAUUGCCACACCCAUAUGAAUAUCCCCACGUCCUCUCCCAAACUACUUAUAAGGUUAAGCCAAGCUUCUGGUGAGUGUGUAUGGGUUGUGUGAUCAUGAAAUGUAGUGGAAGUUGAUAUUUUUAUAUCGUUCUGAAGUGUCAUAAUAUUAAACAAUUUUCUGAGUGUUAUAGACUCUUGAAGAGUGUUGGAUUAUGUCUUUGGGCAAUCAUUGCAAAACUUUGAUCUGAGUAGAAUGUCUUUUAUUUUAUUCAUCAUCUUAUCUACAAAAGUCAACAAUAAUAAUACAACAAUUACACUCAGCCUUACAACACUGGAGACAGAAGGAUGUUUUGCAUUUCUAAUUAAUAAUGGAAAGGGAGUGUAAGACUGAAUGUCAUUAGUGUUUGGUAACAAUGCUUUUAUGGAUUAGGGUAUUUGUAUAAUGCAAGAAAAAUAGGAUUCCCAGCCUUCCAGUAAUGAUCUGCUAGUUGCAGUAGGGUUCUUUGGGUAGAUCAUAAAUUUAAAAAUAUAGGCAAGUUUGAAUGUUGGUUAAUAGGAAACUAUACACAUUAAACUUCUUACUACUUAGGAUACAUCACUCCUGUGGUUAUUUAGCUGGGUCUGGUCCUCAGUGCCAGACUCUUUCAGGUCACCCAAGACAAAAAUACAUAAAUAACUUACCUGUGAAAAGGCUGGGUUUUCCUGAUAAUAUUUUAUAUGCUCUGUAUACAUUAAUUUCUAAUAUUUUUAUACCUUUGUGAUAUAUGCUUGCAGGUCCAUCGAUUUUUUAAGAUUAACAGUGUGUUUGAAUUUAGGUAGUGCAUAUAUUGUUUUUUUUUAAUUUGUGAAUUAUAAAUAAAUGGCUUAAAAAUUU